GGAGGUUCGUUUCGGGCGGUGGUUAGGGGAGGCCGGCGCCUACAGCCAAGGCGUGCUCCGGGCCUGCUUCCGGGGCAGCCACCCCAUGUAUUUCAUGUAGUCGUCGAACUUGGAGCGGAGGACGCUGGGGUUCCUCUCUCCUCUCCACGAACGAACCACGCGCAGUCCACUGCGGAUGAGAGUACACCCCUUCAGGAGAUAUGGGCCUUUCUCGAAUCAUUAUCGACAUUCCAUCUCUCAUCUCCGUCCGCGAUGCUAUUCGUCGAUCCCCCCCAUGUCCAGAAACAGUCUGUGGUCGGGCAAACACGACUUCUCUUUUGUCCAAGCAGCCAAAAGGCCCAAAAAGUCAUCCAUCCAUCCCGGAGAAAGGAAUCUUGCGCACACACACUCUCUCUCUGACCUCCGGAAAAUAUCUCCUCUGGAGGACCUGUCCAAAAUCAUCCUUGUAUCCCUUCAGCUGUGAAUGUCCCCGGCAGUGCAUCCUCUAUUGUCCCCAAGCCCGCCCCCUUCUAUCCGGUAUACGAGCACAACAGCCAAGAAGAUACAAGCUCGUCGUGGAUGGGCAUGCUGGUCGAUUUAUUCGUCAAUCAUCAACCAGCCAGCUGAACAGGUGGGGGGCUUCAAACAUAUGCAUAACUACUACCACAUCCGGCGUACGCAGAACGGAUCCCCCCAUCCGGUCGUCCACCAAAUUCCAAUCCCGCCUCCAGCUCCCUGUGGGAUAUUGUGUGGGAUCUCAGCUCCGUCCCGGUUGCCCCGAGGUUCCAGAACACCCGUUUUUGAACACGACAGGGGGUCUCUGACUCGGAUGAUAGCACUUGCCAAACAACUAUGUUGGAGGAUUCGGAGUAACCGAACCGACAUGCUGGAUGUCGGCUGGCCACACAAUAAGUUGAGCGGGAUCACUUCGAGGGACGAGGGCAUCUCACGCCGCUCUGGGAGGCCAUCAAGCUUCAAAGCGAUAGCUCCGUCGCCGAACAGAAAUAUCAUUAACUCCUCCUCCUCAUCAUCAUCAUCAUCUGUUAUAAUACAAAGCGAGCAUUUACACGCCGAAUGCCUGCUUAGCUUACGCGAAUGGAGCCUGCACGGAUAUUCAGAUUUUACAUUUCCAAUAUUAUGCGUAUCGUGUCGUGCAGCAAAUAAAGGCAAAGCGUCAGCUUGAAUGAUCCGUCACGACCUAGGGAAGGCUCAGGACUGUAUA